AUGCCACAUCAAUACGGCGCGGGCGCUGGUGGGCUGGGCGGGCGCCCACCAUCCCCGCCGCCGCAGCCAGGCGCCUUGUACCCGCGCUAUGCCGCAGCAGCGGGACCUGGCGCCGGCGCCUAUCGCCCCGAAGAACGCCGCCUUACUAGAGAAGCUAUGGAGAGAUAUCUCCGGGACCGAUCUGAUAUGGUUGUAGUUAUCCUGCAUGCUAAAGUAGCUCAAAAAUCCUAUGGUAAUGAGAAAAGGUUCUUUUGUCCGCCUCCCUGUAUCUAUCUCUUUGGUGAUGGAUGGAGACUGAGAAGGGAAAGAAUGCUCAGAGAAGGUGAAACUGAGCAAGCAUCACAGCUUUGUGCAUUCAUUGGCAUAGGGAACUCAGACCAGGAUAUGCAGCAGCUAGAUUUAAAUAAUGGAAAACAGUACUGUGCUGCUAAAACCUUGUACAUAUCAGAUUCAGAUAAGAGAAAACAUUUUAUGUUAUCUGUCAAAAUGUUCUAUGGCAAUGGUCAUGAUAUUGGUAUUUUUAAUAGUAAGAGAAUAAAAGUUAUUUCUAAGCCGUCUAAAAAGAAGCAAUCAUUGAAGAAUGCUGAUUUAUGUAUAGCGAGUGGUACAAAAGUUGCCCUGUUUAAUAGAUUAAGGUCACAGACUGUUUCAACAAGAUACCUGCAUGUAGAGAAUGGUAAUUUUCAUGCAUCCUCUACACAGUGGGGUGCUUUUACAAUUCAUUUAUUAGAUGAUAAUGAGAGUGAAUCAGAAGAGUUUGCUGUCAGAGAUGGUUAUGUACAUUAUGGCUCAACAGUGAAGCUGGUUUGUUCUGUGACGGGCAUGGCAUUGCCUAGAUUAAUAAUAAGAAAGGUAGACAAACAGAUGGCUUUGCUAGAGGCCGAUGACCCUGUCUCACAACUACAUAAAUGUGCAUUCUAUAUGAAGGACACCGAGAGGAUGUACCUUUGUUUAUCACAAGAAAGAAUCAUACAGUUUCAAGCGACUCCUUGCCCCAAAGAACCAAAUAAAGAAAUGAUUAAUGAUGGUGCCUGCUGGACCAUUAUAUCAACGGAUAAGGCAGAAUAUCAGUUUUAUGAAGGAAUGGGACCAGUAAGAUCUCCAGUAACACCUGUUCCGCUAGUCCACUCAUUGAAUCUAAACGGUGGCGGAGACGUAGCCAUGUUAGAACUCGCCGGUGACAACUUCACGCCAUCUCUGCAGGUGUGGUUCGGAGACGUGGAAGCAGAGACAAUGUACCGAUGCGCUGAGUCCAUGCUCUGCGUAGUGCCGGAUAUAUCGCAGUUCAGGGGACAGUGGCUUUGGGUGCGGCAGCCAACUCAGGUACCAGUAUCACUAGUAAGAAACGACGGGAUCAUAUACGCCACUGGCCUUACAUUCACCUAUACGCCAGAACCAGGCCCGCGGCCGCUCUGUGCGCCAGUCGAUGACGUCAUGCGACCAGAACAGGCCUGGCACCAUGAUACGCACAGACUACCAGACAAUAUUCAAUAA